GAGCAACGGCCGGCUGAGCGCCGCCCGCCCGCAGCCCCGGCCCCUCCGGCCCAGCCAUGGCGAAGCAGUACGAUGUGCUGUUCCGGCUGCUGCUGAUCGGGGAUUCCGGGGUGGGCAAGACCUGCCUGCUGUGCCGCUUCACUGACAACGAGUUCCACUCCUCGCACAUCUCCACCAUCGGUGUUGACUUUAAGAUGAAGACCAUAGAGGUAGAUGGCAUCAAGGUGCGGAUACAGAUUUGGGACACGGCGGGGCAGGAGAGAUAUCAGACCAUCACAAAGCAGUACUAUCGACGGGCCCAGGGAAUAUUUUUAGUCUACGACAUUAGCAGCGAGCGCUCUUACCAGCACAUCAUGAAGUGGGUCAGUGAUGUGGAUGAGUAUGCACCAGAAGGUGUCCAGAAGAUCCUUAUAGGGAAUAAGGCUGAUGAAGAGCAGAAACGGCAGGUGGGAAGAGAGCAAGGGCAGCAGCUGGCUAAGGAGUAUGGCAUGGACUUCUAUGAAACAAGUGCCUGCACCAACCUCAACAUUAAAGAGUCUUUCACACGUCUGACAGAGCUGGUGCUGCAGGCCCAUAGGAAGGAGCUGGAAGGCCUCCAGACACGUGCCAGCAAUGAGUUGGCAUUGGCAGAGCUGGAGGAGGAUGAGGGCAAACCUGAGGGCCCAGCGAACUCUUCGAAAACCUGCUGGUGCUGAGGGUCCUGCGUGGAGCACCCACACGAUCCCCCCUCCCUCAGGAAGCCAGCGGGCAGGCAGGGAGGCUGGGCUUUGCCCGGCCUCUCCUCUCAUUUGGGUGACCCUGUUGAAUACUAGUAGCUGCUAUUCCCCCCGCCUGGUCCUGAGAGCAGCGCUGCUGUCAUCUGCGAGCAGCCUCUGCCCCCAGUCCCUCUACCCUAGAGUGGUGUCCUCCAGCCUAUUCCCCAGCUGCAGGCCUGCUGUGAGCCCCAAAUGUGCCAUGAGCACUGUCUCACCACCCCGAGCACCCUGGACAAUGGCCGAGUCUGGAGUCAAGGCCACUUUAAGGCUCCUUCUUUCUCAGUGCAUCUUGUCUCCUCUGCUUUUUUUCUCUUCUUCCCACUUGUCUCUCCGUCCCCUUCCCCUCCGGUGUGUUUGUAUCACAGCCCCUCACACCCCUUUCCCUGUGUGUCUGCUGUGCGGCUGCUGGUGCAGCCUCUUUCUUUCCUUUCUCACUAACCCUGUCCAAGGGAGUGGCCUCAGGCUCGUGGGGAUGUUCCGUGCUUUGCUCCGGGGAGAAGCCCUGCUGCUUUGUGGGUGGGCCAAAGGCUACGGGGUGCUUCUUCCUAUCCUCCUUUCCUCCCCAUCCCUUCUUGUGCCAUGGGUCUGCCUCCCCAGUGACCUGGGGAAGCGGAACGUCAAGGUAGGAAGGAAACACCAAACUGGUGGUCCUCAAGCGGGGCCUGUCCUACCUCUCCCUGCCCGCCCCCAGCUUUGGCCUUGCUUGGCUGCCUGCCCACCUGCCUCUUGGGGGAACUGAGGUUGGAGGCAGGUACUUCAGAGAAGGAAAAAAGUGAUGAGGGGUGGCAGGGUUAAAAAGUCACCUCCAUUCUCUACCUCCCAUGCAGCGUGUACACAGUUUCUCUCCACCUGGGCUCCUGAACAUAAAGAUGGAGACCAGGGCCUGAGGACACUGCAGGGGCAAGGAGACCCCUGGGGCCAUGAUACUGACAAGCCAACCACGCACUCCAGAAAGGCGAGUGCUUGGAAAUGAAGGGUGAGCUCCUAUAUAUCAGGUUAAGAGCAAGGGAUUGCAGACCAGGGAUGGCAGUUUGCAAACCAGAGGGAACAUGGCAGCAGCAGGGCUUCCUGGGCCCCAUCUUCCAUUUCUUGUGGAAACGCCACAACUUUCUGGCUGGUCAGAGGUGACAUAACCACGUUGGUGGUCUGUCACUGAACCCAGCCUUCAGCUCUCAUGGUUUUCCUGAGACCCAAAGUUUGUGGAGAAGGACUUCAUGGGAAGGAAGAAAGAAGGCCCCAGGUAGAAAUGCUUGGUGCUGUUCUCUUCAGCCUUCACGACAAAGUGCUCCUCUUGCCCCCCUGGCUCCCAGGGACGAGACUUGAGGGUGUGCCAGCUGCACUGUGGCUACAGGUGGAGGGAAGCGGACUCCCUCCUCCAGAGCUCUUUGUUCAGGAAGAAGUUUCUUUAACCCCAUGUGGCCCAAGAGUGGCUUGAAGGAGGCCCUUUAAGGAAGGAACAAGUCAGGUACCAGCCUUAGUAGGGUUCCUCCCUACCUUCCCAAGAUGGAGAAGCCCAGGUAGGAGGAUCAU